AUGCCUCUCCUGCUCUUGCUGCUCCUGCUGCCAAACCCCUUACACCCCUGUGAGCUCACCAAAGUGGCCAGCCAACUAGAAGUGAAUUGUGAUAACAAGCAGCUGACGGCAUUGCCUCCCGACCUGCCAAAAGACACAGCCAUCCUCCGCCUGGGUGAGAAUCCCUUGCACAACUUCUCCACGGCAUCGCUGGUGUCUUUCCCUCGCCUCACUCAGCUGCACCUAAGUCAAUGUGAGCUGACCAAGCUGCAGACGGAUGAAAAGCUGCCACUGCUGGAGACCCUGGAUAUAUCCCACAAUAAGCUGCAAAGCCUACCCCCGCUUGGGCCAGCACUGCCUGCUCUCAGGUCCCUGGAUGUCUCCUUCAACCAGCUGACCUCGUUGUCUCCAGGUGCCCUGGAUUGCCUGAGCCAACUCCAUGAGCUCUACCUGCGUGACAAUAAGCUAAAGACUCUGCCCCCAGGACUCCUGGCACCCACACCCCAGCUGAAGAAGCUCAAUCUAGCUAAUAACGGGUUGGUCGAGCUGCCCUCUGGGCUCCUGGAUGGGUUGGAGGACCUGGACACCCUCUACCUCCAAGGGAACUCGCUGCGCACGAUACCGAAGGGUUUCUUUGGGACCCUCCUCCUGCCUUUUGCUUUUCUCCAUGACAACCUCUGGCACUGCAACUGUGAGAUCCUCUAUUUCCGUGGCUGGCUGCAAAACAAUCCUGAGAAUGUCUACGUAUGGAAGGAGGGUAUGGAUGUCAAGGUCAUGACCCCCAAUGUGGCCAGUGUGAAAUGUUUCGAUUCAGACGAGAAACCCAUCUACAAGUUCCAAGGAAAGGAUUGCCCCACUCUUGGUGAUGCAGAUGCCAUGGACUAUGAUGACUAUACAGAAGAGGACACUGAGGGUGAUAAGGUGGGUACCACAAGGACUGUGGUCACCACAGCCCAUAUAACCCACUGGGGCCUACUCUACUCACAGUCUACUGCUUCUAUAGACAGCCAAAUGUCUUCCUUGAGUCCAGUGCAAGAAUCCACUGAGAACCAGACUGCAUUCCCAACCAGAUGGAUCCCAGAUUCCACCAUAUUCCCAACUACCACGAAAUCCAUCACAUUCUCCCAAACUCCAAAACCCACUAGUAAACCCACCAUAACCCUGACCCUCCCAGAGCUCUCCACAACCCUGACCACUGGCCCAGAGCCCACCACGACCCCGACCAGCGGCCCAGAGCCCACCACAGCCUUGACCAUCAGCUCAGAGCCCGCCACAACCCCAAUCACCACAGAGCCCUCCACAACCUUGACCACACCAGAGCCCACCACAACCCCAACCACCCCAAACACCAUCAUAUUCUUAACUACCGUAGAACCCACCUCACUCUCUACUACCUUAGAACCCAUCAUAACUAUUAUCCCUGAAUCUGUCCACCAUAGGGUGGCUCAAGGGAAUUUAGAUAGCUCCAGAAAUGACCCUUUUCUUAACCCUGACUUUUGCUGCCUCCUCUCCCUGGGCUUCUAUGUCUUGGGUCUCCUCUGGCUCCUGUUUGCCUCUGUGGUCCUCAUCCUGCUGCUGACCUGGGUCCAGCACGUGAAGCCACAGGCCUUGGACAACGGCCAGGGUGCUGCUUUGGCCACAGCCACGCAAACCACACAUCUGGAGUUACAGAGGGGAAGGCAAGUGAUGGUGCCCCGGGCCUGGCUGCUCUUCCUUCGAGGCUCACUGCCCACUUUCCGCUCCAGCCUCUUCCUGUGGAUACGGCCUAAUGGCCGUGUGGGGCCUCUGGUAGCAGGACGGCGGCCCUCAGCUCUGAGUCAGGGUCGUGGUCAGGACCUGCUGGGCACAGUGGGCAUUCGUUACUCUGGCCACAGCCUCUGA